AUGCCCCCCGUGGAUAAAAUUGAAUUCGGCCCGGAUACCAUACGGAUCCUUCUUACCACGGAUAAUCAUGUAGGGUAUUUGGAGAACGACCCUAUACGAGGGGACGACUCAUGGAGGACGUUUCAAGAAAUCGCUGGGUUGGCUAGACAGCAUGAUGUGGAUAUGAUAGUGCAAGGAGGAGACUUGUUUCAUGUUUCCAAACCGUCCAAGAAAUCGUUAUUUCACGUUGUGCAGGCAUUAAGAAAUAACUGUUUGGGUGAUCGACCUUGUGAGCUCGAAUUGCUCAGUGAUCCAUCGUUAGCGUUGCAUUCAGGAAGCGAUAUGGUCAACUACGAAGAUCCCAAUAUAAAUGUCGCUGUUCCCGUGUUUGCAAUAUCAGGAAAUCACGAUGACGCUACUGGAGAAGGUCUUUUGUCACCAUUAGACGUCUUAGCUGCUACUGGACUCAUUAAUUACUUCGGACAGAUUCCUCAAGCAGAUAAGAUAACGCUUACCCCUUUGGUCUUCCAAAAAGGAAUGACGAAGUUUGCACUUUACGGAAUGAAUAACGUACGAGAUGAAAGACUUCAACGGAUCAUGAGGAACGGAGACGUUACUUUUCAGAGGCCCAAGAAUGGAGACGACUUCUUCAGUUUGCUCUGCAUCCACCAAAACCACGCCCGCCAUUCGAUGACUUCUUACGUGCCUGAAGACUUCCUACCGUCCUUUCUAGAUUUCGUGUUUUGGGGCCACGAGCACGAUUGCAUUCCCCACCCUCAAUAUAACCCUGCAACUACAUUUGAUACCCUCCAAGCAGGCUCUUCGGUGGCAACUUCUUUGACUGAGGGAGAGAGUGAGCCAAAGCAUGUUUUUAUCUUGAAUGUGAAGAAUAAGGAGUAUCUGAUCGAGCCGAUCCUCUUACGUUCAGUGAGACCAUUUAUCACGAGAGAUGUGUCGCUCCGGGACGAAAAUUUUGUCGAGGGUCCAGCAUCCAAGGCUGACAUCUCUGCGUUUUUAGUGGAGCAGGUUGAAAAUAUGAUCGAGGAGGCAAACAGUCAAUACAGAGAACGCAACGGUAUCAAGAACGACGAAGAGGAAAUCCCUCUACCGUUGAUUCGUUUGCGUGUUGAUCAUACAGGUGACUACGAGAUUGAAAACUCCCGGAGGUUCUCCAACAAGUUUGUCAGCAGAGUAGCCAAUGUCAACGACAUCCUCUUGUAUCAUAAGAAGAAAGCACAGAAGUACGAGGUGGGCAAAAAAGUUCCAAAAAAUAUACCUGUUGCCGACCCAAGCGACACUUCCAGAGUGUCCAUUCAGGAGAUCCUCAAACAAUUUCUUGAUGAGACAAGUCUCUACUUGAUGCCAGAGAACGGUAUGUUUGAUGUUACGAAAAAAUUUAUCGAGCAAGACGACAGGCUGAUCUUCACCGAAUAUGUCGAGAAAUCGAUUGAGCAAGCAGCAAAGCUGCUUCUCGAAAUUAACAUUGACGAGGAAGAAUUCCAUACCGGUGAUGAUAGCACACUUAAGCGGUCAUUUGCGCAACUUCUCAAUCAGCUACGGAUGCAAAAUAAGAAGGAACCUGUCAAAGAUGUGCCUGUUACGCAAGGUCAAGUCAAUGAUAAGGAUCUCGAUUUUAGCAGCAAGACUAGAGAAGACUCAGUUAAACCAGUGAAACGUGGAAGGACCACGAUAAAAGCAAAAGCUUCACCGAAGAGCAAGACAAAGAGCAAGGACGUUGUGGUUUCAGAUGACCUGGGAGAAGAUGAUGAGGAGCCUCAAGUGGUCUCGGACGAUUCUGAGGAUGAUUUCAAGCCUCCACCGCCAAAGCAAAGAGCAAGGAAAGUCGCCAAGCCAGCAUCCCAAUCUGCCAGAAAGACGACUACGAAAAAAGCAACCUCUCGUCAACCAGAUAAUUCAUCCAUUCUUGAUGACAUCAUCAGUUUGGGUAAUUGA